AGUUCUGAGUUGAAAUCAAUGCCAUAUCCAAAUGUGUAGUUUUAUAGAUACAUAUGAUAGAUCUAUAUAAUCUAUAGAUCUAUAUAGAUCCAGAAUAGAUUAGAUCUAGAGAUCUACAUAUUCUAUGUAUCUAGACCCUCGAUCUAGUCUAGAUUUCUAGAAUAGAUCUCGAUUCUAGUAGACAAUGUGUGCAGAUACAAAGCCAAAACAAAUGGAGCUUGUGAAUGAAACAGGAAAUUCUGUCAGCGUGGAUAACAAAAGUGACGAAAUCAAAACUGAUCCAGCAGAAUUUGAUAAUACUGCAGAGGAUAUGAUGACAGACAUGAAAUUAGAAGAUGAAAUAGAUGAAGUCAGAUCAGACAAACCUGAUUUCAAUUGGCUGUAUCAUAUUGAGAUUUACCCUUGGAAUGCUGAUGAUAUGACAGAAAACUUUAUCCGUCUAAUUAAAUUGGCACAGUUUUCUCAAAUAUGUUUGAGGAAGAAAGGGGUGGGCAAAGAAACAGACGACUCAGAAAAAGCAGAUGACAAAUUAUCUGGAAGACUAAGAAUAGGGUGUUUGCAUUUAUACACGGACACAAGUCAGAAUGCUAAAAACAUCAUGCGGAGUGCUACUUGGAAGACAAUGGCUGCCAAGCAGUUGGUGUUUGAACUAACAAAACAAGGACCUAGUCCAGGGCAACUGGAAACAGCUGCUUUAGAAGUUGACACUUACCUGGUGAGCAAAUCAAGAUUCAGAGAUAAGCCUAAAGGUGAGUUAAAAGAUCGAUCAGCGAAAGUAUCCAACCUCCCGGGAACUAUUUCUCGGGAAUUCCUGGAUGUGGUGUUCAGCCGUGCGUACGCUGUGGUCGAGGGCACCACAAUCAGGGAGUACUUGAAAGAGAAGGAAGGCAAGUCGCAGCAGAGACUUCUUGAUUUAAAAGAUUUUAAUGGGUGGAUGGAUUUUGAUUGUCUUGGGAGAGGCAGCUGCAGGUCCUUUGUCCUGGCUCACAAGAGUGUCACCAUCAAUGGUCAGAAAGUAUCUAUUGAAGCCAAUGACAAGGACACCAUGGUUGUGCCUCCAUUUACACAAGAAACCAGUACAAAACCAGAUGUCAAGGCCACACCUGAUUUCAAUGCUGCUCAAAACAAAGCAAGAGUUACCUCAGCAAAAGGUCAAGGUCCCAGUCAGCCUGUUAGACUAAUGAAGGCUGCAAUGGUACCCUGCAUUUUAAAAGAUACUUUCCCCAAUAAUUUCAGAGGCAGAGGGAGAGCCUCGGUGGUGCCACAACGACCAGCUACUGCUUCCUUCAUUAGAGCUGGGCCAGGGAUGCCUGUUCCUAUGACAGGGAGACAAAAGAUGAAUGAGAAGUUGAGGCGGAACAACUUUGGAACAGCUUCUCUUGGUACUGGAUUGUUGAUAACUCCUGGGACUGUAGGGAACAGGGGAUCUGUGCUGAAUCCAGUGGGCAAUUCCUUUAAGCUAGAGUUAGAGUCCCUGCAGAACCAACUGGAACAGAGUACCCAGGCUCUCGAGGCAAAGAUUGCCAUGUUACAACAACAAAGCACCCAGGCUGCAGCUUACUACCAUGGAAACAUUCUAACUGAAGGAGAUUGGGAAGAUGAAGAGUUAAACUACAACAUUGGUUACAGCGAUGACAGCUACGUUCUUGGUGAUACUUGUUACGCUUCUGAUGAAACUCUUGACUACCAUUAUGCCCCCCAGACAGCAGUCAGGCUGCAGCGUCCUAACUCUGGAAGUUAUGUUAACGCAGCAGCCAAUAUCGGCACUUUAUCUGCAUACGGUGCUCGCCAGGGCAUUCAGCCCAGGGGGUUUAGUGUUGGACAGAUGAGUGCAGCUCCUAGUUUAGGGCAAAGCUCAUCAGCUGCUUGGCGGGGCGAUCAACGAAGAGUUGGCAGUAGAGGCCGUGGACAGUUUAGAGAAGCUGUGACGAACUUUUGGUAACCAACCUGCCAACUUACCAUGACACUUUGAGAUUGAAAAUUUUUAUUUUGUGAUUUAAUGCUGUGCUCUAGUUUUGUAUUUAUUUCUGAAUGUUUUAUCAACCCAAUUAACUCCAAUUGCGACAAAAUAUUGUGUUUAUGAUAAGAUUACUAAUGUAAUAGUUACUAGCAGUGUUGUUUUUUUUGUUAAACUUUUGCAUAAGAAGAGCUCCGUAUGACUUGUUUAGAAUAAGAAAAGAAAAAAGUAGGUUGUUUUUAAUGAGAAACAGAUGUGCUAGUGGAUCUUAUUUUUUUCUGAAAUCUUUUUCAAUGAAAUUAUCAAUACCACAAUAGAUAAAUCUAACCAAUGAAAUGCAAAAAGUAUUAAGAGUAUUUUUCUCAAAAUAGUCAAAUUGUUCUAUUUUCUAUUAAAAUAAAUUUUUAGAAAUAAUUUUUAAUAUUUAAUGUAUUUUUUGCUUAGACACCACAUUUAAAAAAAAAACCCACUAAAUAUAGCAGUCAUUGAGCUCAUAAAAACAUGCCCUUGUGGAUUAAACUUGUGGGUAAACUGACUUCAUGAGAUGACACUACGGAAAACUGUCAGCAAUGAUUUUGUCUUUGAACUGUCUGAGUUUUGAAUUGUAUUCUAUAAAAAAGCUAAGAAGAUCCUUGAAAUAAAGAAUCACCCUUUGUGUCAGGAUUUUGUGAUUUUACCAUCACAAAAGAGAUACAAGACACUGAUAGCAAAGACAAACAGACACAAACACUCUUUUGUUCCCCUGGCAAUCAAAUCAUUAAAUAAGAACAAUCUGGUAUAAACUUUGUCACAUGUAAAUUAUGAGUGAGUCUGGUGUGAAUGUACACUUUGGCUUUGGUUUCUUAUAGUUAUAAUGUUUUUUGUUUGGUAAUGCACAAAUUGUAAGACAAAUUUCCUUACGGAUAAUAAAGAUUAUUAUUAUUAUUAUUUAAAUUUAAUUAGAAUAUUGAACGUCACUGCUGCAAUGAGUAAGAAUCUUUUUGUAGUGAAAACUUUUCUUUUAACUGCUUGUAAAAAUGUUUUAUGAACUUGAUUGGACGCGUCUGUAAUAAACAGAGAAUUUUGCUUCA